ACACGACUGAGCAACUAACACUUUCUAGUAUUUUUGCUAGGAUAAUCCCAUAGCAAAGGAGUCUGGCGGGCUACAGUCCACGGGGUCCUAAAGAGUCGGACUGACUGAGAUCGCAGGAACCGACAACCCUGCCCGGCUUUCAGAUUACCCACGCGAGACUUCCGAUGGACACCAGAGGGCGCAGUUUCCCGGCUCCACCUCAGCCACAUCCGGGUUCAACCGCAGGUUCCGACCGACAGCAGGCGGAACCUUUCUUCCUCCUAUUAAGUUGUGCGGCGAACCCUUUAAGCCACCACGCAGCGCUCUCCACCGGUACAGCGGAUACCUUGACGCAGGGGAGGCGCACGUGAGUAUUCUGCUUACUGCCUGCUUCAUCGUGAGCAACAUGGACCUGCUUGCGGAAGAGUUUGGGAACCUGACCCCGGAGCAGCUGGCUGCGCCGAUCCCAACUGUAGAGGAAAAAUGGCGGCUGCUUCCAGCAUUUUUAAAGGUGAAAGGUCUUGUGAAACAGCAUAUAGAUUCCUUUAACUAUUUCAUUAAUGUAGAGAUAAAGAAAAUAAUGAAAGCCAAUGAAAAGGUUACAAGUGAUGCUGACCCCAUGUGGUACUUAAAAUAUCUUAAUAUCUAUGUUGGGCUCCCUGAUGUUGAAGAAAGCUUCAACGUAACUAGACCAGUGUCCCCUCAUGAGUGCCGAUUGCGGGACAUGACGUACUCCGCUCCCAUCACAGUGGAUAUCGAGUACACCCGAGGCAGCCAGAGGAUCAUCCGUAAUGCCUUACCCAUUGGCAGAAUGCCCAUAAUGCUGCGUAGUUCAAACUGUGUUCUUACAGGAAAAACACCAGCAGAAUUUGCUAAACUGAAUGAAUGUCCUUUAGAUCCAGGGGGCUACUUCAUCGUUAAAGGAGUAGAGAAAGUUAUUCUUAUCCAAGAGCAACUGUCUAAGAACAGGAUCAUUGUGGAGGCCGACAGAAAAGGGACUGUGGGUGCUUCAGUUACCAGCUCUACUCAUGAGAAAAAAAGCAGAACCAAUAUGGCUGUGAAACAAGGACGGUUUUAUUUGAGACAUAAUACUUUGUCAGAAGAUAUACCCAUUGUCAUCAUAUUUAAGGCCAUGGGUGUUGAGAGUGACCAGGAAAUUGUGCAGAUGAUCGGAACAGAGGAGCACGUGAUGGCUGCGUUUGGGCCCAGUCUGGAAGAGUGCCAGAAAGCUCAGAUUUUCACACAGAUGCAGGCAUUAAAAUAUAUAGGGAACAAAGUCAGAAGGCAAAGGAUGUGGGGAGGUGGCCCAAAGAAAACCAAAAUAGAAGAAGCAAGAGAGCUCCUGGCUUCUACCAUUCUGACCCACGUACCAGUUAAAGAAUUCAAUUUCCGAGCCAAAUGUAUCUAUACUGCAGUGAUGGUGAGAAGAGUAAUUCUGGCCCAAGGAGAUAAUAAAGUUGAUGACAGAGAUUAUUAUGGUAACAAGAGGUUGGAGUUGGCAGGACAGCUUUUAUCUCUUCUUUUUGAAGAUUUGUUCAAAAAAUUUAAUUCUGAAAUGAAGAAGAUUGCAGAUCAGGUGAUUCCUAAACAAAGAGCAGCCCAGUUUGACGUUGUGAAACACAUGCGUCAGGACCAGAUUACCAACGGCAUGGUGAAUGCCAUUUCAACCGGCAAUUGGUCUCUAAAGAGAUUUAAAAUGGAUCGCCAGGGUGUGACUCAGGUGCUGUCUCGCUUGUCAUAUAUAUCCGCACUGGGGAUGAUGACGAGAAUCUCUUCCCAGUUCGAGAAAACAAGAAAAGUGAGUGGUCCUCGAUCCCUCCAGCCAUCGCAGUGGGGCAUGCUGUGCCCUUCAGACACUCCUGAAGGAGAGGCAUGUGGUUUGGUUAAAAACUUGGCCCUUAUGACACACAUCACGACUGACAUGGAAGAUGGACCCAUUGUCAAAUUAGCCAGUAACUUGGGAGUAGAAGAUGUGAACUUAUUGUGUGGGGAAGAGCUCUCUUACCCAAAUGUGUUUCUCGUCUUCCUCAAUGGUAACAUCCUGGGUGUCAUUCGAGAUCACAAGAAGCUGGUGAAUACAUUUCGACUGAUGCGAAGAGCAGGCUAUAUCAAUGAGUUUGUUUCCAUCUCAACAAAUCUGACAGAUCGAUGUGUCUAUAUUUCCUCUGAUGGAGGAAGGCUGUGCAGACCCUAUAUAAUUGUAAAGAAACAGAAACCUGCAGUCACAAAUAAGCAUAUGGAAGAGCUGGCUCAGGGGUACAGGAAUUUUGAAGAUUUCUUACAUGAGAGUCUGGUUGAAUACUUAGAUGUGAAUGAAGAAAAUGACUGUAACAUCGCACUCUAUGAACAUACAAUUAAUAAAGAUACCACCCACCUGGAGAUUGAACCUUUCACUCUUCUCGGAGUCUGUGCUGGCCUGAUCCCAUACCCUCAUCACAACCAGUCCCCGAGAAACACAUAUCAGUGUGCCAUGGGGAAACAAGCCAUGGGUACCAUUGGAUACAACCAGAGGAAUAGAAUUGAUACUCUCAUGUAUCUCCUAGCAUAUCCACAAAAACCCAUGGUUAAAACAAAGACUAUUGAGUUGAUAGAAUUUGAGAAACUGCCAGCCGGACAGAAUGCGACAGUUGCCGUGAUGAGUUAUAGUGGCUAUGAUAUCGAAGAUGCUCUUGUUUUAAACAAGGCUUCCUUGGACAGAGGUUUUGGGCGUUGCCUUGUAUAUAAAAAUGCUAAAUGCACCUUGAAACGAUAUACCAAUCAGACUUUUGAUAAAGUGAUGGGGCCCAUGCUGGAUGCUGCUACAAGGAAACCCAUCUGGCGACAUGAGAUUUUAGAUGCAGAUGGUAUUUGUUCUCCAGGUGAGAAAGUAGAAAACAAGCAAGUGCUUGUAAACAAGUCCAUGCCCACAGUGACUCAGAUUCCCCUGGAAGGAAGUAACGUGCCCCAGCAGCCGCAGUACAAAGAUGUGCCCAUCACCUACAAAGGGGCAACAGACUCGUAUAUUGAAAAAGUGAUGAUAUCUUCAAAUGCCGAAGAUGCUUUUCUGAUCAAAAUGCUGCUGAGACAGACAAGGCGUCCAGAGAUUGGAGACAAAUUCAGCAGUCGUCAUGGGCAAAAAGGGAUUACACAUUUAUGGAUAACAUUGUUUGGAAGAUUCAUCUUUGACCCUCUCUUGUUCAACAGAAGUUCCAUGAUAAGGUCACUUGUCUCCAUUUUGCAUUAAUAAAAAUUAUUCAGCAACCUGCUAAAUUAAUUUAUUAGAUUUUAACUGAAUGUCUAUUAGAAGAAAAGAAAGUCUCCCCUGAUUUCCCAACACAUUAAAGAAUCCGUAUACAGUAAGCAUGAAGAGGCAGUGGAAAGUAAAAAAAAUGUUAAAUUUGCUUGUGGCAAAAAAUCCAAGAGAAAAAGUUUGUUAAGCAAGGCUGGGCAAAAGCUUUGCUUUUUUCAGACCUUCACUUGUCAUUUCAGUUUUCUAUCUUAUGUUUUCUAAAAUUGAGAGAAUGAAAAGGCUUUGACUUAGAGUAAUAAUAAUAAUACCUUGUACUCAUGUAACACUUGAAACCGUCUAAAAUCCUCUCUGCUAGUCUGAAGCUUCAAAGUCUGGAUGUCUUUGGCUCCCUACUUUGCUUGAUCCUUUUGAAUGAAAGACUCCAGUGGGAGGGGAGAAGGGGGCUGAUGGAGUUAACAGCGUGAGCCCCAAGAUAAGGUAUACGACACCAGACAGUCCUUCAGAGUUUCCUUCCAAAAAGAAAUCCUGGCAACUCUUUAACCUUUGAAAUCAAGGUGAUUUUUGUCCACAUAGACACCUCAGGAAGAUUUUAUUUAAUUUGCUUUUUGAAGAACAAAUUUUGGUCUUCGCUAGCUAGCCAGUAACCCUCUGACCUUUUAGUAAAUAUCCAAGUAAAGCUUUGAAAUUAGGGUUUUUAGUGUUUUAUGGCCCAGAAUAAAAAUCUCCAAUUCUGUUUCCAAAUAGUGUAGCCUCAACACAUUUUAUUAAGCUCUCGACACAUUCAGCCAUGUGUAUUUUGUAAAGUUCCUAUGGUUAUUGUUUUACAAUAGCUGCUUCCAGAAGCAUUGUAAGGGUUUCAAUUAAUCAGCCCUUUGUGUGCUUCAGACUAUGCAAAUUUAUCACAUCAAACCAUUCAACUGCUCAUGGGAAAGCUGUGUAAAAACUGUAUUGUCUUCUAGCGCCUCCUCUCAUUGAGAGUGAUGUUUUAAUAAGAAAGCUAAUCAAGUUUUCUUAUGCAUUAUUUAUCUGUUAACAUGUAAGGAAGAGCCGAAUUAAAAUUAUGUCAACCGGGAUAUGGCAAGUGAUGUGAUAGAUCUGGAAGCGAUUCAACAACAGAACAAAGCUAAUAUGAUUCAACAGUUUUUUUUCCUCCUCCCCUCCCCCUCGGGAUUAUUUAAGGUGGUGGUGUGGAGAAUAAAAGAAGGUUAAUUCAAUAACUGGAAAGGGGGAAAGGAAGAAAGGAGUAACCACCUGUGUUAGCCUUCCCAUUUCGACUUAGAGAUUUACAUUUCUGAAUAUGUAAAGGCUUAUCGAGAUGAGUUUGUUCAAAGUAGAAACACUUCUUAUUGAACACGAACAGUUUGAACUUGAAAGCAUUCCUGCUGCUUCUUCGGCCCCAUUUAGCACCAUAUUCAUCAGCAGUAAGCUACUCUGCCCUGGAAAUCCGCAGCCCAGGUCCUGUGAAGUCCUAAGUUAUUACGAGACACUGUCCUGAUCGCGUGAAAUGAUCUGCACGGCCCAGUGGAGGGAGCUGCCUUUCAGCCUCUUAAGCCACAGUUAGUGCCACUGCAUCUGCCCCUUCCAUCCAUUCAUUAAGUUGGUCUUCUUUGCCUUGCUAGUUUGCUUCCUGCUGAGAGUAAUUAGGUUUCUUAUAUAAUAAUAAUUCCUUGUGUUUAGCUGCCGCCUUUCUCUGAGGACCUGAAAGUACCUCUCAGACAUUAGCUCAUCUGUUUUUGUAAUACAAUUUCCUCCUGAGAUAGAUGCUAAUUAUUCCCAUUCCAAAGACCAAACAACUGAGGCUGCCUGGAACGCAGUGCUUUACCCCGCAGGUAAUAAUACGGGUUGAAUAGCACAGAGACAAAGUAAGAUCUCCUGCUUCCUCGAUGCCCCGCCCUCCACAGGUCUCAGCGUCCAAGGGGUGAUGAACCUUUUAUAGAUGGCACUCCCCCUGCCCCCAUGUCUGAACCUCAUUAAUACUGGGCUUGGCAGUGAUCACACCUUCCCCAAACACCAAGCCUCUUCCUGUGCUGUGACCAAUAGAGAAGCAUGGCAGCAUCAUUUCACCUUCGCUUAGUGCUCAGAGUAUGAAACUGUGCAGAAUAAAUAACCUUGUCUAACCAGUACCCACAGAGAGUAAAAGUUGGCAGCGUAGACUCUGAUUGGUGUUAUUUCGGCAGGACCGGCUCUGCAUCACUUAGAGCAUUAGAACGUGGUGAGCUGAGCCGGUCCAGGUGUUUUCGUGGUCAGCAUUCAGUUGGGCUGCUCUGCUCGGGGCAGCUCUGAAGUGGACCCAAGUCUUGAACCUCUUCAUAUUCCCACCUCUAUCACAGCACUUGUCACACAGCCUGUUAAUAGAGGAAAAUGAUUCUCUCUUUUUCUCUCAGAAAAGAAAGAGUAAAAAUAUGUAGCAACCUGAAAGUGGUAAAUUUAAUCCGAAAGUAUUUAUAUUUAGAAGGUAGACUUGCUGCAUAAAAUUUUUAAAAAUUAAAAAGUGAAGCAGAAUGUGAUCUUAAGGGGAGACCAGGCUGUCAACAAGAGAAAAACCCUUUGCUAGCUGUUUCUCGGCACGUUAAAGUCACACCAAAAAUAGCAAGUUAAAGAUGCUAUUUCAGUUUUUGUCUUGAGCCAGCUGUUACUUGCUUUUCUGUCUCUGUGUGGUAAUGUAAUGCUUUAGUAUUUUUUCCAUAUCUUUUUUCUUACUUUCUUACCUCUUCUUUCCCCCCUGCCACCACCCCCGUUUGGAUUGAAAUGGAUCCAUUACAUUAAGACUAGUUUUUUUUAAUCCACAAAUGACUUUUGAACAACUCAGUUGCUGUUUAUAAUUAGAAAUACUUUCUAAGAGUGAUUUGUCAGAUUAACUGGAAUUUUGUUGGGUAAACCUGUUCUUAAAAUGAUUUAUGUGGUGUUCUGCAAGGCACAGAAAUAGAAAUAACAAAUUCGUGUAAGAGCCUCCACUAUCUGGACCGUGACACAGAGAGCCGUGACAGCGGGUCCCCAGACUUGCCUUUGCCGUGUGGCUUGGCAGUCGGACUUGUAGCUUCUUGAGACUCCCUAAGUUCUUCACCUUUACAACUUGAUGUUAAGAUGGAUGGUGACGGAAUAAUAUUUUAUUGACUGGGUAUCUGUAGACUUUUUCUGCUCUAACUUUCUGUGUUCCAGUUUCUCCCUCUUGUCUGUUUCCAUCUGUUAAAAGUUCUGUAGUGUCAUCUGUGGUCUAAUUCCCACUUGGCCCUUGUGAGUGUGUUAAGUGUUCCAGGCCUGUUAAAGUAGUGUAUUUGUAUUUCACUGCCAGGCAGUUAGUUGUGCUAUAAACAAUGGGGUUGAGACACUGGCAUGAGCCAGGGGAUGAAAUUUUAUUUUAAAAUCUGAAAUGCUGCGUAAGCAUUUAAGGUAUGAAUCAGUAAUUGUUUCACAACAGCUUCCAUUAGAUAUGGUUUAUUUGUAGUCCAUCCUCUUUUCAAGGAUCCAGGAGAGUGUUAACACACUGAAGCGUACUGCAUAUCAUUUACAUUUUUAAACUAGCAUUAAAGGAGAGUAACUUUAAAGAGUUGUAAAUAUCAGAGGAGAUUUUUAUGCCUCUGUUCCUGGAGAAGCCAAAGUUUUAAUUUUUCAUUUGAAAAAUAAGAGGGAAAAAAAAAAACCUUCCUGCUUUGAUUAAAGAUUUGAAUAAUUCUGAAACAGAAAUACCUUUAAAAAAAAAAAAAAGAAAAGUCUGGUUCUAAGAUAGAGAACUCUGUCCCCCACUGCCUAAUGAAUUCAGUAAAAUACAAAGUUUAAAAAAAUCAUCUGUCUCAUUUGAGAUUCGAGAUCAUCAAAUUCUGUCUAAAUAUUUUGUUUUAACUCCUAAGCUCAUUAUGGUUUCUUUGUGUUAACUUGUAUUAAAAUCUGUCAGCUAUGACUGGUCUCAUAAGCACAGUCAGCGGACCAGAAUAAGUUAAUUAUUUACUUGUGUCACUAGUGCUCUUCAUCUAAUGAAAUGCACAGCUGUGUUGGAUCUGCAGUUGGAUGUGUAGCACGCAUUGUUCCGCAAGUCAGCAGAGGGUAGAAGCCGCAAUGAUGGAGAGCCCUCAGUUCUUUCUGCUGUUCUGGCUUUCUGUGUCGAUUUCAUGGAUCUUUUAUCAUUCACUUUCACACAAAACAAACAACACAGGCCUGUCUGCUAUGGGAACCAUCUUGGCAUAUAAAAGGGUUUUCAGAGCCUAAAGUAAUUUUAAGUUAGCGAAGAUUUAAUUUUUGGCUUACAGGUGCCCCUUGAUUCAGAUGUGGCCCCAGCAGUUCCUAUUACGGAAUGAAAAAAAAAAAAUCUGUAAGUGACUUACAUAACCAAUACUUUUUUAAAUUGCAAUGUCAGAAAAGGGCUGGUAAGAAAAUAAUUUCCCAGGAAAGGAAGCUCUCUACCAAAUAUUAAUCAGAUCUCAAGCAGAGUUGUUGGAGAUUCAGAUUUCAGGGGAGGGAGCACUGCUUUCGUUUUAAUCACAAAAUGAAGUUAAAUUUGCUUGAUGAAAUGUGUCCACUAAGACUGGGAAUACAGAAUGCAAAUCAUGUCUUUCUUUACCCUCCACCAAUCUGAGUGUGUCCAGCUUCCGCCCGGGGUUCCUGCACCUCCUGCUCCUCACUCCCACCUUCUCCUACCGGGCGAACAGGCAGCUUCCCCUAGAGCCGACGCCAGCAUCCCCCUGUGAACUGCUGCAGAAGGGGGUGCUGAAGCUUUUCUUCGGUUUUGUUUUUAAGGGAUGUAGCCGAGCCCUUCACCUCCUCACCAGCCAAAGUGACAUUCUCACCCAAGCACAUCCUGGGACUGGCCUCUGCAGGAAUUGCUGUUUUUAACAUUUUGUUCACUGCUAAACAAUGUUGUUGUCGGUUGCACCUAGAUUUACAAUUUGAUCUCUUUCAGAGUAGACUUCCCAGUAGCCCCAGUGUUUUGUUGGAUAAUUUCAGUGUAGACAAGAUGGAUUUUUGGAGAGAAGAAAAGAGUUACAGACUCUGCUUGAUUUAAAUUCUAACACAUUGUAGCUGAAUUUGCAGUCAAGUGAACUGACUGUUUCUAUGCUUGAUGUAGGAAAGCAUAUGUUCUUUAUGAUAAACAAUACAGCUUCAACCAAAAAGCCAAGUAAAGUACCUACAUGCUCUAGAAUUCAGCUUCAUAAACCUAAUUACCAUUAUUGUUGGCAGUGACUGGAAAUCUGAGUAUUGAUAACUGAUGUCCAAUAGAUAAAUGGUGCUCUUUUUCUUUAGAUUUCAGGUCUUGGUGCUUAUAACACGUCACCAAAAAAAAGUCUCUUUUGAAAUAGUUUGAGUAAUUAUGUAGAAACCAAACUGAGGAAAGAAAUGUUUCUUUGAGGACAGUUUCUUUUUAAUAGAUACAGAUGGUUGAUAGCUUCAGGUACAAAGGAAAAUAAAUUUCAUAUUUUGAAAUAUUAAAGCAUUUUUUCUUGCCCCAAUGCCAUUGUACACUAGCUUUCUAAUUCUGAAUUUUGUAGAUUGUGGUUAGCAAUCUAAACUGUACUCUUGUAUUCCUCCUAUCAACAAAGAAGUCAGAGGAAUUUAAAAUUAUUUAAGUGGUAAGAUUUUAUAAGUUAGAUUUUUAACUCUACAGGUUAGAAUAAUAUUUAGGGAGUAAUAAAGUACAACCAAUUUAAGAGACUAUCAGUAGAGUGCAGAGAGUUGGUGGGGUUUUGUUUUGUUUUCAUGCUUAGAAUUUCAUGUCUAAAUCUAGCCUUUUCUUCCAAGAAUAAUCUGGCAUUUAAUUUCCUUGUUCAACUUCACACUUAAAUCUGAGGUCCCUUUCUGAUGCGCUGUCAACUAUAGGAAUUACAGUUCCUUAGGGCAGCUUAGAGAAAGCCAGGGGAGCCGGGGCAGAAACCGGCCCCCCAAGCCAAGGGCUCAGCAGCCAGUGGGUAGACCCGUCAGCACAUCGGCCACGCACAAGUACUCCUUGUCCCAGGUUUUAAAACCACAAUUUAAACACACCCCUCGCUCAGUCAGCUCUCUGUGUUUGGUGGUCAGAGAACUCACAUUCCUGGGACCUGGGUAUGGCACAUCAGGUGCUGGUGACGCAGAGCGAGGCCGCUGCUGACCUGCAGCUUCAGGGCUCCUGACGGGGCCAGGACUGCUCUCCCCUCUCCAUGGCUGGAGAGGCUGGCCUGGCAGCCGACGGCACGCUGUGUGUUGUGCCAACAGGCCAGUCCGCAGGCUGCAGGGCCUUCCCGCCGGGACAGUUGUUUCGAACCAUUUGUCUAGCAGGGCGGUUGGAAAUUGCUUUUGUUAACU